UUGUGUUGCCCUUCGUCUGAUUGGCUGCUGGCUCACUGGGCUCGGAGUGAGAGCGCUGCGCAAGGGACUUGUCUGGUGUCGAUAGCGCGGCACUUCCAAGACUGCGUCACACCAUGUCGUGCCAGGUGGAGGCGGCAAGUGACGGAGCGGAGGGUUCGGGAAGGCUGGACGGCUCCGAGCAGAUUGUGAUGAGAGAAAGUGAACUAAAGCCGGCUGAGAGUAACUCUGAACCAUUGGUAAGCCCCAGGCAGUCUUUAUCUGUGGAGAAUGGCAAAGCACUGUCCAGUUCCCGGUGUCUAGAGAGAGUGCAAACCACCAACAUUGAACACAACAUGAUGUCUGACUUCUUGGUGAAAGCAUCUCGAGAGAAACCCCCAGGAAGAGAAGACACCAGACUGGGGCCUCCCGAUGGCCAGCAAGACCCGGGAAGUGAGAACAAUAAAGAGAAAACGCUAGGUAAAGAAGUGCUACUUUUGAUGCAGGCUUUGAACACGCUGAGGUCUCCAGAAGAAAAACUGGCAGCACUCUGCAAGAAAUAUGCUGAUCUUCUGGAAGAAAGCCGGAAUUUCCAGAAACAGAUGAAGAUUUUGCAGAAAAAACAGUCACAAGUGAUAAAGGAGAAGGUUCACCUUCAGGGCGAGCACAGCAAAGCCAUUCUGACACGUAGCAAGCUUGAGUCCCUGUGCCGAGAGCUCCAGAGACACAACAAGACAUUAAAGGAAGACAAUCUGCAUCAAGCACGUGCGUAUGAGGAAGAGCGCAAAGAAGCCACUGCCCAUUUCCAGAUGACCCUGAAUGAAAUCCAAGCACAGAUGGAACAACAUGAUGUCUACCAUGCCAAGCUCCGCCAGGAGAAUGUAGACCUGGGAAAUAAGUUAAAGAAACUUAUUGAACAGUACGCUCUACGUGAAGAGCACAUUGAUAAAGUCUUCAAACAUAAGGAGCUACAGCAGCAACUAAUCGAUGCAAAACUUCAGCAGACAACUCAGCUUAUGAAAGAAGCGGAGGAACGACACCAGCAUGAAAGAGAAUUUUUGCUGAAUGAAGCCACAGAAACCAGGCAAAAAUUUGAGGAGCUGAAGCAGCAAGAGAGUCAGUUAAAGCAGCAGCUAUCUCUUUACAUGGACAAGUUUGAGGAAUUUCAGACCACAAUGGCGAAGAGUAAUGAACUUUUCACAACGUUUCGUCAAGAGAUGGAAAAGAUGACCAAAAAAAUAAAAAAGCUGGAAAAAGAAACCGUUGUCUGGCGUACCAAGUGGGAGAACAACAAUAAAGCUUUACUACAGAUGGCUGAAGAGAAAACUAUUAGGGAUAAGGAGCAGAAAGCACUGCAAUUCAAGCUUGAGCGUCUGGAGAAGCUUUGUCGGGCCCUCCAGACUGAGCGCAAUGAGCUAAACGAGAAAAUUGAGGUUCUUCAAGAUCAGGUUACGGUACUAGAUGAUGUCGGUAAUGCAGCGAAUGGAGACUCAUUAGAGACAAACCCAGCAGAGGAUUGCUCAGCAGAAAUGAAUGUAAUCACAGAAAGUAAAGAAUCUGGAAUGCAGACCAUUACUCAACCCCCAUUGUCAGAGGAACAGAUUCCUGUGCAAAAGACUCUUUCAACAGGACCACCUUCUGGCAUCGACGCUGUUGACUAACACACAGGCAUUUCACUGUUAAAUGCAGAUACACAAACAUAUGUAUAUAUGGAAAAUAUACAUAUAUAUAUUUUGUGUAUAACGUUGUUGGUGGUAAUUUGUUUUGUGGUGACAAAUUUCUUACUUUUUUCUACCAUAUCUGUAUUUUCUUAGGACUACUGGAGUACACAUGGUACAUAAAGCUUCCGAGCAAUUUCACACAGUCUCUAAUAGAUUUUUGUUGCAUUCAAGUUUGACAUCUGUCUCCAUUCCAUUUCAUGGUCUAUUCUCUAAGUGGUUUGCAUGUUCCAGGCUCUGGCAAUACAGGGGUUGUCCGGUUUCAGGAGGAAAUAAAGAACAGGUAAGUAGCUACCUGACAGUUCCAAUGCCGCUGCUCUGGUUCUCCUGGCAGAGCUGUUUACUGGUGACAAGGCAUUUGGACAAGAUGUUACUGCUGCAGCUGGGUAAUGUAGCCCGUCUGGAAGAACCGGAGCGGUGGAGUGGGGAUCUGUCGGGUAAGUACUUACCUGUUCUUUUUCAGGUACAUCCUUGUCCUGAAACUGGACAGCCCAUUUAAGAGUAGCAUGCUGGGUAGGUGACAUAGAGUAAUCCAUUUUUAUUCAGGAUAGCAGUACCAGGUUAAAUAUCUUGCUUUUUCCAUUUAUAUCAUUGCAUCACCAUAACUUUUUACAUUUUAAAAAGAAAUUAUGAAUUUAGACCCAUCAGCUGGCAUUUCAUGUCUUCAUCUGUUGAAUUAUAAUUUCAGUACUUGGGUAUAUUCCUAAAUACACAAGACAUGUCCCGGGUCCACUUCAUUUUUUAUUUUUUUUGCAUGUCUCUGCCAUUUAUCUCACUUUAGAUGGUUACGAGUGGUUACCCAGAGAUGGAUCCAUAAACUAUCUGCUUACAGUUGUAAUCAGGGCUGUAUAUGUACCCAUCACAUAUUGAUACCUGCACAAUGGUUUGAACACCAUUGAAAGUCAAUGGGGGACGG